GGCAAAACUACAUCAUCCAGUUUCCAUUCCCCAACCUCUCCACUUUCAGAUCCCCCGCCUCAAGACUCCGUUCCUCCAAACCAAUGGAAGACGGUGACUCCCUCGUAACCCUGAGAAGAUGGGAAGAUCUAAACACCGAUAUACUACGUAAGAUUUUCGGGACUUUCGACUACAUCACUGAUGCGUCUGCAGCCAUUGCUCAGGUUCGUUGCAGCGCCGUUUGUAUUGCUUGGCGUUCGAUUCUCUGCGAUCCUCAGCUCUGGAGCACUCUCGAUUUGUCAUGGUUGAAAUCCAACUUCAUCAAGAUCCAUCAGGAGCCGUACGUCUAUGUUGAUAGCCGGUCCGAAGAGCAAUUGAGCCGGGUUUUGAAGGUGUCGUUGAGUCUUAGCAGAGGUAACAUUACCACCUUGGUGUUUAACCCGGAGUUGUAUAUCAGCGACGACCAGCUGACGUCUACUGCUGAAAGGUGCCCGAAUCUGAAACGACUAGUGAUGCCAACCGGGGACAGAAUAAAGAAGACUGGAAUCUGCAAGGCAAUUCAAAACUGGCAAGAUCUCGAAUCGCUGACAGUGCCGGGGAUAAUGUAUCCCCCAUAUCUCAUGGAGGUGAUCUCCAACCACUGCGGUAACUUCAGGGAACUAAAGAUCAUGGGUCGUUUCGAUGUCCGAUUUGCUUCAACAUUAGUUGGUACUUAUCUUCCGAAUCUCAAGGUCUUGAGCCUGCGGUGUUCGCAGCUGGUAAGGGAAGCUUUGAUCACUAUAUUGGACGGCUUACCACAACUAGAAGUCCUCAAUAUAGCACACUGUGUGCUUCUGAUUGAACCCCCGCGGCGUAAUCAGCCUCUUCAAAUUGUUGAAGAGCUUGAUGAAGCUAUUCUUGAGAAGGCUGCUCGGUUGCAGAGAUUCAUAACGUGCAUGCAAGUAGACCGGUGCAUCAUGUGCCAAAGGGCCAGAAACGAUGGGGGGAUUAUGAAGUGGUAUAAAUAUGAAGCAGGGCUCUGGAAACAAGAUGAGGUGAGCUCUCUUGCUCUUUGAUUCUAUUCAAGUGUGUUAUGCUUGUCUCUCCAAAAUAAGUCGAAAGUGUUAAACCGUGAUCUUUAAUUUAGAGAAAUUACAGUGCUAAGAGAAAGUUGGUGGAGAUAUAUAUCAUCAUGGUGAUGAAGUGAAUAAAUUAGUAGGAACAGGCUAUUUUUGCUUGUCAAAAGCCACAAGUGAAGCAGAGAUUAUGAAGUAUGGCAUUGAAAUGAUCGAAGCCACCGUCAUUUUCCUCAACUAAACUGUGGGACUCCCAGCUCUUAGCAACUUUAGUGUGUGAAUGGAGCUAUUUGAAAUCAAUCGCUUCUAUUGUACACUUGGAUUGUUGGGCCACCAAAUUGGAUAGUUGGGAGGUAGAAGAGUGGAAGCUCUAGCUUAUUGGUUUUCUUGGGGUUAUGACUCUUUUCUUAUGAUCUAUGCAAAAACUCUUGAAAGUUUUCCUUAAUUGGCGUUUGUGAA